UAGUAGGUAUGCGCGUCACAGUGUUGAGGUCAUCAUCAUCGUCAUCGAGGAUACGCGUGCUUGAGCGCACGAGCACUAAGAAGAAGAGGACGCCAUUGCCCAGUAUGCGCCAUCAUAAAAGGAAAACUAAACCAAACCAAGCCAAAACAGCGCCAGGUUCAACGCGCCUUUCUGCAAAGAGUCGAGGACCGCUGCCCCCGGAAAUGCCGAGGACGCACGACAAAAGCAGGGCGGGCCCACGCGGAAGGCCGCUGGUGGAGAGCUCUUACGUCGACACGACGACGGUGGCCGAGACCGACCUCUACGACUUCGACAGCAGCUCGGAGUCUGGCCGCAGCCGCGGUGGAGACGCCGACGACGCCCUCUGCUCCCAGCCCACCACCAUCGACACCCAGUUCACCACGGUGGCCACGCUGGGCACCCACGAUCCGCCGCGACGGCGCGUCAUGGAGCUGGAAAGCCAGCUGGAGGACGCCACCGAUCAGCCGAGUGCGGCGCAUGACGGCCGCUACUCGGCGGGCCUAGCUAGCCUGGCUGCCGCGCUGCGGAAACCGCUGCAGUUCCGGCCGCGAAUCCACGAUGUCGUCCCGGCUAUUCGGGCCCGGGGAAACCAGCUGCUGUCGUUCGCGCGCCGCAACAACGCCAACCUGUUCACGACGUUCGUGGCCGUGUCGACGGUAUUCCUGCUGUUACCCCUGUGCGUGCUCUACUACAAGGCGGGAACCAUGGCCGCAGGCGUGCAUCGGAAGGGAAUAUUCUUCCGGGACGACGGCCACGGCAUCGCUGUCCAGCGGGGCUUCGACGCGUCCACCUGCAAGGACUUCCACCCGCUGGCGGACAGCAGCCCCGCACACGCAGUGCCGCACGUCGCCGAGACGGAGGACUUCGUGCCGUACCGCACGAAGGUCGUGAGCACGAACCCCAUCUUCUGCGUGUACCAGCACGACGUGUUCCUGCGCUUUCCCAAGCUGCACUACCGCGUCGUGGACGUGCCGGGUGCCUUCUGCACCCACCUCAUCUACCACGCGGCCGGGGUCACGGCCGACGGCUCCAUCUACAGCAAGGACCCCACGUUCGACGAGACCUACCAGGGCUUCCGGCAGGCCUCCGAGCUGAAGGGCGUCUACCCGCACCUGAAGGUGCUGCUGUCAUUGGGCGGCGGGCCGGACGAGCGGGACACCUUCCAGUUUUCCAGCAUGGCCGGCCACCUGAACCGGACGCGCGCGUUUGCUGACAAGGCGUUCUGGUGGCUCGUCAACCGGGGCUUCGACGGCCUGCACCUGGACUGGCGCCAGCCCGGCGGUCACUGCGGCUCUCGUGCCGACAAGCAGAACUUUCUCGUGCUGGUCGAGACACUACGCGAGCGCUUCGGGCUGCGCUACAUCAUCACCGUCGGCGUGCCUUACCAGGAGGACUAUCGCCACCGCGGAUAUCACCUGCCAGGAAUAGCGGACCAGGCUGACUUCCUGCUGGCCACCACCCACGGAUUCCACGACGCCAGCGAGAAAUACGCGCAGUGCCCCAGCCCGUACACCGCGCCCUCUGCAAACUCCACGGCCCGCCACUCCAAGAACAAAGCGCCCGGGAACGGCCCUACCAUGCGCGACGUGAUGCGUGUGCUCAAGUACGAGGUGCCCCGCGAGCACCGGCAGCGCCUGUGCUUCAGCGUGUCGCUCAUGGGCCACCGGUGGACGCUGCGCUCGUCCGGCGCCUUCCACGCGGGCAGCGCGGCCAGCCGGGCGGGUCCGGCCACCGGGGACAGCCAGGCUCGAGGCGUGCUCGAGUACCCGCUCGUGUGCCAGUACCUGCUGCGCGACAGCGUCGACCCGGACGGAAUGUGCAGCUACGCGGUGCGCUUCCGAGAUUGGGUCGCCUACGAGGGCAUGCAGUCGCUGCCGCUCAAGCUGUCGCGCAUGCGCCGGGACAUGGGCACGCCGGGGCUCUGCAUCGCCGUCUGGGAUCUGGCCUUCGACGACUUUCGAGGCGACUGCGGCCACUCGCGGUCGCCCCUACUCCGGACCAUACACAGGGCUCUCAGCUCGAAAAAGGUCUGGAUCAUACCGAAGGGGGCCGGCGGGAAGAAACGGCCGUAGUGUCGCACCGACGGCUACGGGAAUUGUAUUUCCAAGUGACGUUUCGGCUCGCCUUCGUACACAAGCGAGCAAGUUCACCUUUGCGCACCAACUUCGAGGACUGGACAGUACAUGCACUUGUAGCCGUUGAUGAACUCGUGCCUCCAGAGGU